CACCAUUCACGGACGUGGCUGUCAAUCACCGGGUCCCGCCCGGUGAUUACUCGCCGGCGCCCAGUGAUUUCUGAGGAUCUCUGUUGGGGAGGAGAACUGUUUUGUUUACUAACAGUUCUCCUCCCUGUCAGCUCAGGCACACUGCUUUGGAUGGCUGCAGUGUGAUUACAGUGAAGCACACUGACAUCGCCCCCUAGUAAAACACUCCCAGCACGCAGUUAACCCUUUGAUUGCCCCUCCUUCCAAGUGCCAUUAGUACAGUGUCAGUGCUUUUUUUUUGUAGGACUGAUCACUGUAUUGGUGUCACUGGGGAUGUCAGUGACACAAGGUCAGUUCCCCCCAGUGUCAGAAUGUCCGCCGCAGUCCCACUAUAAGUCACUG